AGUGUUCAACUUAAACACGCAAACAUGGAUAUUCAUAAAUUAAUAAUUUUUUGAAUCAAUACUUUAUCUCAUCCUAAUCAUUAAUCAGCACAAAUAAUUUUUACAAAAAAACCCUGAAAAAUUUUUCUUCACUGUUUCAAUAAAAAACUUCUUUGUCUACAUUUCAAAAUUGCCGCCAAUAAUUUAAAUUCUCCAAGGCAGCGCUGCGCUCUUAGGAUUUAAAAAUUCAAACACGUUUUUUUCAUAACCUAUAAUUGAGCAAAUUGUAUAAAAUAUCGAACUAUUUUAUUAAAUUAUCAAUAUAUUCUAGAUUAGUCUGUUAGUCAAUUAAAAAUUAAUUAAUUAAUUGUACUUAUUUGAGAAACUCUAAUUAAAUUAACAAGAUAACUCGCGUCUUACAUGUUAAGUUUUUCGAAAUUAAUUAUAAAUCCCCUGGUUGCUACUUUAAAAUCUAAAACAUCACUUAUUAAUAAUAAAAAUAAAUUUAAAUUAAAAUACCUGGUUAAUUAUUUUUCUACAAUGACAAGUGAUAUUAAAAUAGGAACUCAUGACGGUUGUUUUCAUUGUGAUGAAGCAUUGGCUGUUUUCAUGCUCAAACAAUUACCUGAGUACAAAAACGCUUCAAUAGUACGGACAAGAAAUCAGAAAAUUCUUGACACCUGCGACAUUGUAGUGGACGUUGGUGGUGUCUAUGAUCCAAAGAAGCAUCGCUAUGAUCAUCAUAUGAGAGAAUUCACAGAGACGGCAAACUCAGUUUUAAAACGUGAUGACUGUCCAUGGACUAUUAAAUUAAGUAGCGCUGGCUUAGUGUACUGUCACUUUGGCCAUAGAAUUAUUAAGCAAUUAAUACCGGAAAUAGUCGAUGAGACUGAUGUCCACAGUAUUUUUAAACGUGUCUACGACUUAUUGAUCAAAGAAGUCGAUGCCAUUGACAACGGAGUUGUGAUGUUUGAUGGAGAACCCAAAUAUCGUAUUGUCACUAAUUUAAGCGCGCGAAUCUCUAGAUUGAAUCCUGAGUGGAAUAGCGAAGGGGUUGAUCCUGAGGUUCAAUUUGUAAAAGCCAUGGAGAUGUGUGGUGAUGAAUUUAAAUAUUUUAUUGAAAAUUCUGCACGUGUUUGGUUACCAGCUCGUGAUAUUGUUCUUCAAGCUAUUGAGAAGAGAUUCGAAGUGGAUCCGAGUGGUGAAAUUUUUGAACUCCAUAAAUCAGUACCGUGGAAAGAUACUUUCUUCGAGUUGGAGAAAUUAUUGAAUGUUAAUCCUCCAAUAAAAUAUGUGAUAUUCAAAGACAAUAAUUGGAGAGUCCAAUGUGUUCCUGUUAGUCUUGGUAGUUUUAUUACUCGAUUGCCUCUGCCAGAAGAGUGGGCAGGUCUACGUGAUGAAGAAUUGACUCGAGUUUCUGGUAUCGAAGGCUGUGUCUUUGUCCACACUGCCCGUUUUAUUGGAGGCAAUGAGACACGCGAAGGUGCUUUGGCUAUGGCACAAAAGUCCUUAAAACUAAAUCAAUUAAUGAAAUCUUAGUAAAUUAAAUAAUUCAAUUUACAAUAGGGAAUUACAUCUGAUACUUUGUCUUUUUUAUACUAAAAGAAAAAAUAAAUUAUUUUGUACAAAUGUUUAGUUAUAUAAAAAUUUUAGUAUGUCCGCGAUUGAACAUUUACAAGAUCACUUGGAUAUUUGCCAAAUUUUCAGUAAAAGUUAAUGAAUUUUUUAAAUAAGUGAAUAAUUGAAUUAUUGAUCCAGUUUAUACUAAUAUUUUUAUGACGUGAUAGAUUUACU